GCGACCACGACGCGUCGCGUCUGCGCGUUUUCCGCCCGAAGCGCGCACGACCUGCGUCCCCUCUUCGACCACACACUCAGCUAGCGCACUGAAGUACUGACCUUGCCACUGCUUUCUUUAUUUCUCGCACCCCGGGAGUGUUAUUCUGGCCAUUUUCUGUGCCGUGACAAUCCUGUGAUUAGAUCAACCGGCCUCAAACCACUAUGGACGUACCAUUCGUGUCUUCUGGAGCCAUCAGCAGGUCCCAGUAUGCCCUCCUUUCACGCUCCACACUCACGCUCAAGCAAUGCAAGGAAUCUUUGAUUCUACUGCUAUACUGUGCUAUGAACGUAGCAGUGGAGGGAGCGGUCGAUUUGGACUUCGCACUGUAUCACGCAGUAAAUCUAGCGGAGUCUGGUCCUACGGUGCAAGACAAGCGCAUAGGCUACCUAUUCUGUGCGGAGGCCAUGCCGCCCGACCAUGAGCUCCAGCUUAUGCUCGUGAAUACCCUCCGAAAGGACCUCGAGAGCCCGGAGCUCCCGCGUAUCUGUCUAGCACUAGAUACGCUCAUUCGGUUCUCUACCGCCGAUGUGAUACCCGCCAUCCAAUCGCGUCUUACGGACCUCUUCUCGUUCACCUCACCGCACGUACGCAGGCGUGCUCUGUUCGCGUUCCAUAAGUUGUCCAAGCACGAUACCGGAAUUUUGUCAGAUGUCGCUGAGCAGGUUGAGAAGCGGAUGACGGACGCGGACUGGGUUGUCGGAAGUGCGGCGCUGACCGUUUGGGCUGAUCUGCUCAAGGCAGGCCAUCUGUCCUCAGACCGGUACCAUCAAGCUUUGUCCGCACUGCUCACAUCUGCGUGGCGUGGGCGUCCGGAUCCGACGAAGAAUGUUCUACUCCCUAAGAUGCUAGGAUGCCUCCAGUCGGUCACCCCAACCGUGGAUGACGUCCGUACUAUCAUCAAGGUCGUCAAAGCCUGUGUCGCUCACGGCCCCACCGCAAGAGCGGCCCUCCAUGCGUGCUACCUCACCAUGUCUCACGCAGACACCGCCGUCCUCCUCCCCUCACGCAACGCGUUCAUCGAUGCGCUCCGCCCGCUCAUCGCCUCAUCCGCACCCGCGCCAAACGAUGUGUACGUGUUCGUAUCGUGCCUGAGCACACUCGACCCUGCGCUCUGGGCGGGCACGCGCGCGGACGUACCAGCGGUGUUGGAGGAGUGGGAGGUCGAGCGCGUCGUUGCGCUUCUAGAGGCCGAAGACCAUAGUAUCCGCGUGAAGACCAUGCGUCUCCUCCGACGCGUAGACCCCGCGAUCCUCGAGGCGUACUGCACGCGCCUCCUGUCCUCCGUCGCCUCACCGCCGUCCGCGGAAGUCUCGGCGACGGCCCGCAGGCUGCUCGAGCUGGCGGACGUCCUCUCGGACGCGGACGGGGAGGCGUACGCGGGACACGCGAUACGUGUUUGUGAUGCGCUUGAGAGCCAGACUGGGAUGCCCGCGCCGCUGGAGAAGAGGCCAGUCGUGCAGGAGGUCGUGGAGGGGGUGCUUGUCAAGAUGCAUGAUGCUAGCAGCGAGUUCAAGAGCGGCUGCGUUGGUGCACUCUUCGCGCAGGUACCAGAGAAGGAGGUGGAAAUUGGCCCGACGUUAAUGGUCAUACUCACCGCGCUGAUCGUGGAGUACCUACCGCUCUCGCCUCUUUCGCCCACGGCGCUCUUGCGUGGGCUAGGAAGUCGGGUCGGAUCAUACACUGUCUCUAUCCAAGAUGCAUGUCUGCUCUGCAUGAUCCGGCUCGCGGCGGAAUGCGAGAAGGUCCCAUCUGAAAUUGUGGACGCGGUGGGAAAGCUCAGGGAGACGAGUAGGGCGUAUAUCCGAAGACGUUGUGACCAGUUCCUUGAAUUGUCAUCUCGACUCACUACGCUCAAGGAGAUCAUCGUGAAUGUCAGGGCGCCAUCCCUCCCCGACUUCGUCGCCGCGCUCGAAACAUACAAACCCCAACAAGCCCCUCCCUCGCCCUCGCACUCGCCCCGCUCGCCGCCGCUCCGCCCCAUCCACUCGCCCGACAGGCCAUCCUCCCGCGCUUCCUCGCAAGGCGGCAGUAGGCUCCGCUACGACGCCUACGAGCCGCCGAGACCUGUGCAGCGCCAUUUCGCACGCAGGCUGAGUGCGGGGUCGGAUGCGAGCUCGCGGUUCGUGGGCCAGCGUGGGCGUGCGGCGGAGGUGCAGGACCCCCUUGCGCGGACCAUGAGCCCGGGUGAGUUGGCGUUGGCUGCUGGGGAUGAGUUGGAGACGCUUUCUUCGGUGGGAUCGCCAAGGUCGCUACCAGUCGUCAAUGUCAUAGACGAGGAUGACUCGGCAACAAGAGCAGACCUCAUAGCUCUGGAUUCGCCAUUCAUGUCGGAACCGGUUGCUUCGAUCUCGGACGUCUUGGGCAACAUGCGUGGCCUGGGAAACGUAUCUGAAGACGACUUCAAGCAAGAAUGGGACAGCAUGUCAGACUCCAAUGCAAGAGGCUGGUGUGAAGUGCCAGCGGAGACAGUUGUUGAACGGUUGCGGAAUGCAAACGGGCACUGGGAUGUGACAUUCAUUACUGCUGAAGAAGAACCUUUUACCGGCGACACGAAGAUCUUGGUGCACGCGGACCUGGCCGCUCAUGCCCUCCUACGCAUCAAGGCAAGCGAAGAUAACACCUCUCUAUGGCACAUGCGCUGUCGGGACACGCAACUACGUACCGCGAUCAAGGCUAUCUUGUCCGACAUGUAACGUCCCAUGC